AUUCAAAUCAAAUGAAGUCGUUGUGGCCUAAAGGAUAAGACGUCCGAUGCAUUCGUAUGUAGCGAUGCACCGGUGUUCGAAUCCCGCAGGCGGGUACCAAUUUUUCUAAUGAAAUACGUACUCAACAAAUGUUCACGAUUGACUUCCACGGUGAAGGAAUAACAUCGUGUAAUAAAAAAUCAAACCCGCAAAAUUAUAAUUUGCGUAAUCACUGGUGGUAGGACCUCUUGGGAGUCCGCACGGGUAGGUACCACCACCCCGCCUAUUUCCGCCGUGAAGCAGUAAUGCGUUUCGGUUCGAAGGGUGGGGUAGCCGUUGUAACUAUACUGAGAUCUUAGAACUUAUAUCUCGAGGUGGGUGGCGCAUUACGUUGUAGAUGUCUAUGGGCUCCAGUAACCACUUAACACCAGGUGGGCUGUGAGCUCGUCCAUCCAUCUAAGCAAUAAAAAAAAAAAAAAAAAAAAAAAAAAAAAAAAAAAAAAAAAAAAAAAAAAAAAAAAAAAAAAAAAAAAAAAAAAAAAAAAAAAAUUAAUAUGAAAUAUUACUAAACAAUUACGAGCGACUAGCGAUUUUACAAAAGUUGCGAAUAAAAAAUUAAGUAAGUACUUGCGGGGAGCUACCGGCUGGCCGCAUGAAAAAUAUAAACACAAAUACCUAUAUUAAAAUUCAGACGUACCAUAGGUAUAAAAAUGUACCUAGCGGCCAGGACAUACGGUUCAAAAUCACUAGGAAUAAUUCCGUGUCGCUUGCUCAUUUAUUUUGCGUCGAUCGGUCUGUCUCGCUCGCUCGGUUCCGUUCGUGUAUUAAGCAACAUUACACGACAAAGAAAGAAACAUGUUGGGUGAUAGUGUGAUGUUUGUUUCCUUCGCGUAAUGUGUGAUGUUGCAUUACAUCGUAGAGUAAUAUUACCCGAGUAAUAUCACUCGCAUUACUUACACAUGUCUAAUUUGCGCACUUUCACCGAUAUUAAACAGUUAAAAACCACCGUUAUUACACAUUUAACUGAAGAAACAUUAAAUAGACAAAAUUAAACAAAUCACAAUUUCAUUCCUCGCGUUCCCGCCAAAAAGUCAGUCUAUGCUGUGAUACAAUACCAUAGAUUAUACACAAUAAUACAAAAUACUACUCUAGGGUCAUACCGGACAUAACCUAACUUUUCGCUUGUGAAAUGGUAAACGUAUUUAUGUUAUUAUCGUACUAUUUACAUUAAACUAUUAAUGUAGUUACAAAUUACAUGAUCUGUUAAAUUGGUUUUUAAUAGAACACGCUGUCUAUAAAUUACGGAAACCAAAUUAUAACAAAAUGGCAGAUUCUGUUAAUAUGUCACUAGAUGAGAUAAUAAAAAAGAAUCAACAAAAUCGUGCAAGCAGAUCUAGAGGACGAGGUAUUAACCGAGGUAGAGGACCUGGACGAGGAGGUGGCAGAGGUCGCGGACGUGGUAAUAAUGGACGCGGUCGUCCCCAGUCUCGCACAGCUAAUCGAGGGUCUAGACAAGGACGUUCACAGUCACGUGGGCAGAGAGGUCGUUCUCAAUCUAGAUCACGAUCACAAUCACAGGCUAGAUCUCGCUCUCGUCAAUCUCGCCGAUCGAACUCUCGCAACAGAUCCAGGUCUCGAUCACAGCUUAGAGCUUUAACUCCGAAGGGCCGGGCAGGAUUAGAAGAUCUACAAACUGGAAUGCCUCCUUUGACAAGAAGUGGCAGAUCUUUUAGAGGUGGAGCUCAAAAAAGGUUGCAACGUGCAUAUUCUAAUCCCGAUUUAAGAGGAAAUGUUCAUAGUAGACUAGGUGUUACAACACGCAGAGGUGGCAUCAAUUUGCGCAGACCCCUCGCUAUUGCUAAACGAGGAGUUUCUAAAAGAGGAAGAGGUUUAAGCACUGGAAAUAGAUAUAGCAAUGUGGGAUUGAGAUCUGACCAAAUCUUAAAAGAACAGAGGCAGAAUAUGAUGUUAAAAAAUAACAUGAUAAGAUCACAGACAUUCACACGAUCAAGAAAUAACUCUUUCAGUUCAGCUUCACAGUUAACAGUUAGUGUGGCUAAUGAUUUUGCUCGGAAAAGACGUAACAGUGUUGGAAGCACUGGUUAUCUGAAUAGGCAAAGUUUGGCACAGCUGAAUAAUCAACUAGGAAAUUAUAAUUCAAGAAAAGGUCCAGGUAGUGUUCGAUCAAUGACGUCUAACAAAUCUAACCGAUCUGGAGGGUCCAACACAAGCUCAACGAGGUCAAGGGGUAGAGGUAGAGGCAGAGGCACUGGUCGAGGAGUCGGAAGAAAAUUUAUAAACAAGCAAAUAUUAAAUGCGAAAUUACAGAAAGAAAUAGCUGCUAUUCAGGGAAAAACAUAUGGAGGAAAUGCUACUGAAGCUCCUAGUGGUGUUAAUUUCGCUCCCACACCAGUUGCUACAGGGCAAUCACUUCAUCAACGAUUUGCUAGCACUUAAUCAAAUAACCAUGACUAUAAUAUCAUGUUUUCAGUGAGUGGACAAUGGUUGGUAGGUGACUGUGUUAAAGUACAUACACAUAUUAAAUUGACUAUUAGUGUAACAUUUUACUUUUUUUUCUAAAGUUUGGACCAUGCUUUAUAUUUUGUAUAGGUAACUACAAAAUAUAAUAGUGCAUACUAACAGGGAAGCAUUGUUUGAAAUUGUUUUUAAACUUUAGUAACUUUUUUCUUAAAUUGCAUUUUUUUCCCUCAAUUAUAUCACUGCGUGGAGUGUUAUUAUUGUAAUAAUAAAUCUUGAAACAAGUAAAGGUACAUAAGUUAACUUGAGCUAAUUUGUUAGGGCUGAGUCAGAUCGGAAUGGCAGCGUCGUGGCGAACACUUUCAGUGUGAAAUAAUUUUAAACUUCAUCUAUAUACUUAAAAGAUCAGUAUUGCUUGAAAAGCUUGAUAAGGUCGCGACACAGCCGCCGCCCGCCCGCCGGGAAGCGAACACCCGCGCGCCACGUGCGUCUUGUCGGUGAUUCUGCCCGCGGCGACACAAGGCCGCUCGCGCGUUCAUAUGUAUUUACCAAUUCCAUCAUGUUCACUCCAAACACGAGUAUCAUAGCCGAAUGAAAAAACUAAACUAGUCAAGAGGAGACUAGGCGCUUCCAGUCUGGAGGCCGCCAGCGGCGACGCCGAGGGCCGCUGCCACUCCGGUGUGACUCGGCCCUCAUGCUUUAUGAUAACACUUUGAUUUUACUAUUAUUUUUGUUAAUUAAGUAUAAAUAAAUAAAAAACGAACGAAA